AGAUCCAAAACACGUCCGCAUUCCACAACCUGCUGCGGGCCUCUUUUUCCCCAUUUUCCCCUUCGUGCAAUCUUGCUAUCGAAAAAUAAGCUUACCUCGGUUCACUUACGCACUUCCGUCUCUCUCACUCACUCACAGUCCAAGCGUAUCAACGUCUGAGGCGCAACUCCCCGGGGAAAGGCAAACCGUCGCGCAGAGGCUUAAGCUUAAUUCCAACCCGUUUUUUCCAACCCGUGACGCAAUUGAGAAAAACGAGGCACCCAUGCUACGCGCUGAUAACGACUCGGCGCCGCAACCUCAAGCUGGCCCAUCAGCAACGGGUCCUCCUCCUGCUAAUGCAACCACUACGACGUCCUCCUUGUCCCAGCAGCACCAGACGUCUACGUCAACCCCACUUCCUCCGUACUAUCAGUCCGCUAUGUCUCGCCCACAGCAACCAGCGACGGCGUUGAGCGGUGCGACGCAAGCACAGCAACAGACGCCCCUCUCCAUCCCGUCGUCCUCCUACUCACCGUUGCCCUCUUCCACGCUUUUCCCUUCAUUCUCUCAGCGCGCUGCUCAAUACAACUCGUCCACGUUGAAUAGUACCACCGGCACGCCGCAUACAUCCUCGUAUUCCCCACAUCCUAUGCUUUCCUCAAUGGCGCCAUCCUCGUCCGCUACAGGAGGCGCAGGAGGACCAGGAAGCGCCCCACCGGACUUCUUGCAGAGCUUCUUCAAUCGCGGCGGUGGUAGCUUGUCGGCAACUCCCACCGCCCUCGGUGGGAGCAGCAGCAGCAGCGGCCCACCGCCCAUGCUCUCCGCGAGCGGUGCCACGGGCCCACCACCCCUCCCCCAAAUCCACAUCCCAGCCUUCACGCGUCUGACCGAAUCCGCAUCCUCCUCAUCCGGCCUCGGCGGCGUAUCCCCUCGAAACAUCUAUACCCAAUCCGCCCGCCCAACCGACGACGAUGCAAUGGACACCGAAGACUCCAAAGACCUGAUCGCCAAAAUCGACCCGGCCACAACCCCCGCGAUACCAGGCACCGUGCAAAUCCAGCUCCUCGCAGGCGAAGGCGAGAUCUACUCGGCCGUAUACUCUGGCAUCGGCGUGUACGAGAUGAUGGCCAAUGGUGUUGCGGUGAUGAGGAGGAAGAGCGACGGGUACUUGAAUGCGACGCAGAUUUUGAAGGUUGCGGGUGUGGAUAAGGGGCGCAGGACGAAGAUUUUGGAUAAGGAGGUUAUGACGGGCGAGCAUGAGAAGGUGCAGGGGGGGUAUGGGAAGUAUCAGGGGACUUGGGUUCCGUUCCAGCGCGGUGUUCAACUAGCCCAACAAUACAAUGUGGAGGUUGCACUACAACCUAUCUUUGAUUUCGCGUUCCCUGCCCCAGGCCUUUCCGACCACACGCCGACCAAGGAGCAAGUCUACGCUGCCAACCGCGACCUGAUUAAGCGCAACAACGCGGUCGCAGCAGCCAACAACAUCGCCUUGGGCAAGACCAAAGCCCGCCAUGCAACCGACGAUGCAGGUGGUGCCGAGGGCCCCAAGAAAAAGGGUAAAGCCCGCGCCAACAAGCGCAUGGUCGAGAUUGAGCCCGAGCAGGCAGGUGACGGCGACGACAGCCAGCAUCCCGCCGUCUCCUCCCCUCCCGCCAAACGGCAAAAGAACAACAACAACAAUAACAAUAACAAUCACGUAGACGAGACCGAGACUGUAACAUCCCUAGCAGGCGCGAGCAAUCCCGACGCUUUCUCAGACACCCCCAUCGAAACCAACGCCGAAAAGUACCGCGCAAUGCUCAUGGCCAUGUUCGUCCACGAAGACCCUUCCUACAUCCCCGACAUCCUCUCCGGGCCCGUGCUCCCCCCCGACCUCGACCUCGACAUCAUCAUCGACGACCAAGGCCACACCUCCCUCCACUGGGCGGCGGCAUUGGCACGUAUCAACGUCGUCCGCGUCCUCCUCCAAAAAGGCGCAGAUAUCCGUAGCGUUAAUAAUGACGGCGAGACGGCCCUGAUCCGCGCCGUCCGCGUGACCAACAACUACGACACGCAGACGUUCCCGGAGUUGUUACACCUCCUGCACCCGACCGUGGCCCUCCUCGACGCGAAACGCCGCAACGUCCUGCACCACAUUGCAGCCACCGCCGGACUGGAGGGCCGCGUCGCCGCGUCCCGGUACUACGCGGAAUGUUUCCUUGAAUGGGUGGCGCGGCACGGCGGGGGCCACUUUGCGACGUUUGUCGAUCCGCAGGACUACGCGGGCGACACGCCUCUGAACGUCGCGGCACGGGUCGGGAAUCGGAACCUGGUCGAGCAGCUGGUCGACGUGGGCGCUGACCCGACGGUUGAGAAUCGCGCGGGGGUGAGGCCGAUUGAUUUUGGGUUUGAGGAUCUGUUGGGGACGGCGGAGAUGCAUGGGGUUGCGGCGGAGAGCGGGGACGGUGCGGGUGGGGGUGGGGGUGGGGAUUGGGCGGCGGGGAUGGAGGCCGGGGAACCGAUGACAAGGGUUGUGUUUCCGAGCAUCAGAACGGACGAGGAGGAUGCGGCGUUGGCGUUGAGUGCGGUUGCGAGUGCGAAUAAGGGGGGUGAGAUUGCUUCUGUCCAACAAAUGGUCGACGAAAUGUCCCAAACCUUCACCACCGAAAUGGCCGCGCGGACCACACAGUUGGACGAGGUCCGAUCUCAGCUACGACAGGUCACACGCGAGUUGGCGAAUGUCCGGAAGAUGAAUCAGAAACUGAGGGAGGAGAAUGAGACCUUGCCGGAUAUGAUUUUGAGGAUCAGGGGGUUGGAGGGCGUUCUGGGGGGGGAGAUGGCUAGAGUGGGAGGAGAGCGGGAGGUGGUGGAGGGGGCAGCGGGGGCUGCGGAGGGGGAUGAUGUGCAUGCGGGGGAUGUUGAGAAUGGGGUGAACGUGAAUGAGGGCGGUGCGAAUGGGAAUGGAAGCGGAGAGGCAACACAUGGCGAGAAUGGAACGAUACCGACGGUCGAGACGCUGCGUGCGCAACUCGCUACGAAAGAACGCACCGAACGGCACCUCCGCUCCGAAAUCGCCCGGCUCCGCUCCCUCACCCCGUCCGCCCUCUCCCCUACCGCCACCGCGCUCACCCCCUCACCCACCAGCCCGCUCCACCCGCAACCGACACCAACAGAACUCCUCUGCAAGAAGCUCAUCUCCCAAUGCUGCUCGGUCCCCCUGGAAUCCGUCGACGCGAUGCUGGACCCUCUCUUGAAAGCGGUGGAGAGUGAUCGCGAGGUGGAUGUGGAGAAGGUCGGCGGGUUUAUGAUGGGUGUGAGACGGAGUGGGGUGGGGAGGGUUUGAAGGAUGAUUUCUGCGGGGUUUGGUGCGUUGUCGGAGAUGGAGAUAUCUUAUGGGUGGGGGGGUGGGGCGGCAUAGGAUUUUUUUUUAGGAUUUCUGGUUUUUAUGGAUGGAUACCG